GGACACGUCGGGCGACACCCCCCGGGUCGAAGACAUGUUGCGAUGGGUGUCGGGUGUCAACAACGUCGCCAGCGUGCAUCCGCAGGAGCGCCCACUUGAUCUCUUACCUGAGGUGGGCAGCACGGAGCGAGCGAUAUCCGGCCAAGAAGUCCCAGUGAGCCCGAGCAGCAAGCCUGCGACGGCGACGCAAAACGUGUCCGUCACGCUUGUCAAAGGCGAGAAAGGACUAGGCUUCACCAUCACCACCAGAGACAAUCCUACGGGCGGACACUGUCCCAUCUACAUUAAGAAUAUUCUUCCUAAGGGCGCCGCGGUAACGGACGGGCGGCUGCGCGCCGGCGACCGUCUAGUAUCUGUGAACAACGUGUCGGUGUCGGGCCUCACGCAGCAACAAGUAGUAUCUCUACUACGGAACACGCCCACAGACUCCACUGUCGACAUCGUGGUGCAGCGGCCUGUCAGCAGAACGCAGAGGGUUGAGCCCCAGCAGAGUCCACAAAAAUACUCAGAAAAGGCGAUAGGCAUGCCCAACGGCCAGUCCAAACCAGUGGACGUCGGUGACAACGGCCGAGUGUCCAGUAUAGUGAACGCCAUCAACCACGGUUCGGCGCGGGGCCGGAUACCCAAGAGCUCCUCUAAGGACGACCUGAUCAAAGACCAGGACAGUUCGCUGCAGGAAGCUCUGAAUUCUAGUUCUAACUCUAUCCUUAGUUUAAGAAAUCGUCUGAUCCUUCGGCUAGACGUACCGGUGCACGACUCGGAGAAGGCCGGGCUGGGCAUCAGCGUCAAAGGCAAGGUCACCGUGGGCACGGACCCUCAAGACCUUGGCAUCUUCAUCAAGUCGGUGCUGAACGGUGGCGCCGCUUCGAGAGAUGGCAGAUUACACACGAACGACCAGCUGCUGAGCGUGAACGGCGUGUCGUUGGUGGGGCAGUCCAACGCCGAGGCCAUGGAGACACUCCGGCGUGCCCUGCUGCACGCGAGACCCAGCGUACGUGGCAGCAUCUCGCUCACAAUCGCCAGGAGAACAGAUAGUAUGGACAGCCUAGCUCGGUGGAAAGACGACACGCCGCCCAACGGCAACGAGUCCGGCAACACCACCAACAGCGUCGACAACAACAACAGCUCCCAAAACUUCAACACCGUCAUAUACAACACCGACAAAGAGAACAAACCCACCGAUUACAACCAGAACAAAUUCGACAACCACAAAGAGAGAAGCAUAGACAACGAACACCGAGGCAGCAAGAAACACGCCUCAAUAAUCACAAUAAAUAACAACACGAGCUGGGUCUCCAAUCAAUCUGACGACAGCAAAGGGUAUCUAGAAAGAGACAAAGAUACGGUUCCUCACGAUCCUAAAAGAGAUAGCUUCGAGUGGAGUCGCUUGGACGGUUGGAACCCUGUUAUAGAUAGACUGACCGGGUUAAGGAACGAGAGCUAUUAUAUGGCGACGCAACUGGACGCGCCGGUGACGAACGGCCAUUUUAGGCCUAAUGUGGGACAUGUGCAUAUGUCGCGGUCGCCGCCCGCGCACCAUAAUGUUAUUAUUGAAGAAGAUUAUGGAACCACGACGAGAGGGAGCACUAGCGGCCCCGGCGAGUCGGGCAGCGAGAGCGGCGCGGGCUUCAGCCGCGACGCGGUGGGGCGCCGCUCCAUGUCGGAGAAGCGCCACGCCGCCAUGGACGCCAGGACCACCGGCACCUACAAGAAGAUCAAGGAGAUCAAGGCCAUGCACUCAUUACAAGUGGGACCAUCACUGGGAAUGCGGAAGUCGUCUAGUUUAGAAUCACUACAAACAGCGAUACAGGAAAACCAAAGGAAUCCACGGAACGAGCCGAUAUACGCGCGUGCGCAUCCACCGCUGAAGCACUGGCUGACGGAGGGCGGGCGCACGCCGGAGGGCAUGGUGCGCGGCUCGCCGCACCAGUCCUCGCUCUCGCACAAGAAGCCCUCGCUGCUUAAAUCGCUCUCCAACAUGUUAAGAAUCGGCAAACCCCACAAAAAACCGGACACGGAAAUAUAUGGGAGAUCUCAGCCAGGGCGAGCUUCGGAAAAGUCGCUAUCGAGGGAAGCGCUAGAACGGCACAACCGGGAGGAGAGACUAGAUGAAAACACGCACAACAAGCCCGAGGUGCAGCACUCGCGGCAGAGCAGCGGCGAGCGCGCGCCGCCCUACCGCGCGCCGCCCGCCCGCACCGCGCCCGCACACCAACAAAGGGGAAUGGAAAGUGCCUGGGGACCAACGGGCCACUAUGUCAACUACGAUGAAAUCCAACAAAACCUCAACGCGCGGCGUGAAAAGUUGAGCGAAGUGCAAAUAGGGCAGAUGAGGCGGCAGGUUCACGCGCAGAGGGCCAAAGUCGAGGAGGAGAGUCGGCGGGUAGGCGCUACCACUGGCUACCACUCGCAGCGCUCCUGUAGGGACGCGCCCGCCGCGCGGCCGCAGUCCAACUACUACGAGUACGAGAGCGCGCCGCCCAAACGGCCCGGCAAGCUCUCACACUACCACUGAUCAUCUGGCUAG